AUGGCUCAUUAUUUAACUACUGCUACAUUAGUUUUACUGAACUUAACAGAACUAUCUCCAGAAGGUUUAUCAUUAAAUCAGAGUAAUGCUCGUUCUUAUUUAAGAAAUCUUGCAAAUCAAUUUUGUCUAACUACAACU